UGUUUCUACUCAGUAAUAGUGGAGGGGACUAACUCCACAGAAGAGAACGCCCUGAUUCGGCAGUUGUUGUCUAACUACACCUUCGCGAGCAGGCCCGUAAGAAACAGCACUGACACCGUAACGGUGACCAUCGACGUCGCACUCGGACAGAUCAUUGAUGUGAUAUCGAAGGAGCGAGUCAUGAUAACCAACUUGUGGGUUCGGCAGUACUGGAGAGAUGAGUACCUAGUGUGGAACCCCAGUAACCACGGGAGUCUGGAUGCCAUCAGAAUCCCCAGCGAGCAAAUAUGGCGGCCGGACAUCGUUCUUUACAACAGGCAGCUGGAAGAGGACGUGGUGGUACCGGAUACCAACGCCAUUGUGACGCAUGAAGGUGACGUCACAUGGCUAUAUCCAAUCACGUUGAAGAGUUCCUGUCAUCUGAAUGUUGAACAGUUCCCAAAUGAUGAACAGCGUUGUGACCUUCAGUUCGGCUCCUGGACGUACGACGGUUUCGCCGUGGACCUCGUGAACAAGUCCGCCACCGGCGACACCUCCAGCGUCAUCGAGAACGAAGAAUGGAAGCUCCUCGGCAUGACCGCAAAACGCACCGUCGCCUACUACAACUGCUGCCCGGAGCCCUACCCGGAUGUGACGUACACCGUCCGGAUGUUACGUCGCUCCCUGUACUACUACUACUACCUGGUGGCGCCAUCUUUGAUUUUGGUCGUCCUGACCUUGAUCAGUUUCCAGGUGCCCCCAGACUGUGAGGAGAAGUUGACCAUGAGCGUGACCAUGCUUCUGUCUGUAGUGUUCUACCAGCAACUACUGGCCGACAGACUGCCGGCGCAUUCCGGAUACAUCCCCAUACUGGGUCGCUUCUUCGCCGCAACAAUGUUCACGAUCUCACUGUCUUCCGCAAUGGUGAUUUUUGUGAUGGGGAUCCAUUUUCAUGGCCCCAACCCCACGCCUGUUCCAACAUGGCUCCGCCGAAUCGCACUGAGAGGCCGCGAAAAACAGUCCGCGACAACCGACGUCACAGACAUGUACCCAUCCAAUAGCGAGGCCAGCCUGAUUCCAACCAAUCAGGACGAUGGUGACCCAGAAGAGGACACCAAUAAGAAGAAAGCACUGGUUUCCGAGGAAUGUGAACUGACCAAUCGCCGGAGGCCUCUCAAAGCACAAGACUCCGGGUUCAACAGCAUGUCCGGUAGCGCGUCGUCGGUUGGUUCAGACAAUUCUGAGGAAAAAGUCAAAGAAAAUAAGCAAGAGGAAAAGUUGCUGGCUCCCCUUCGUCACAAAAUGAGCUUCGUUGUUCGUCUCUUUCGGCAAAUUGUCGAUCGUUCUUUGAGAAAAGACAGGCGGAUGGAUAUCAGUGAUGAUUGGAAGUUGGUCGCCAUAUUUGUGGACAAAUGUCUUCUGGUGAUCUUUGUGAUAGUGGCUACUAUCACUACAAUAGCCAUACUGGUGUAAGAUUUAUGAUAGACUAAUUGGUACGAAGGCCCACAACGACACUUCCAUACACCUCUUC